AUGGAUGAAUCCCCACAAUCCACGAUCGUUCCUGCAGGCGAAGAGAGAACAGAUGAUUGGUCAGACACUAUUGACCCGAUAGAACGCCGAAGACGCCAAAAUCGAAUUAAUCAGCGGGCCCACCGAAGGCGCCAGCGCAUCCAAGCUAAAGAUAAAGACAUCCAUCCUAAAAGUCUGGUGGCUUCUUACCCAACACCCCCAUCAUCAAUCCACUCAGACAUCCCAUUCGGUCAGGAAAUCAAGGCGCGGAGAUGCAUAUCGCCUCACACACGAGACCUACUCCUUGACCAAUUCGCAAAAGCGGCCUACCAAAGCUAUAUACUCGGUUCUCCUGCUCCGGAUCACCUGUUGACGCUCUCGAAACUCAACGUGUUCCGUGCAUUCGGACACAAUAUGCGAUUAAUCGGGACGGACUUGGAUGAGAUGAACGAUGACGCAAUCUCAGUCUUCAAUACAAUCCUACCUUCUCCACCUCCCGAAAUAGGGGGAUCGUCGCCAGACCAAUCUAUGGUGAACGAUUUGCCUGUUAGUCUCCAACCGACUAAAGUCCAACGAACGAUUCCUCAUCACCCUUGGCUGGAUUUCUUCCCUAUACCCAAGAUGCGGGAUAACCUGAUUCAAGCGGGAGAUGAGUGGAACGACGAGGAAUUGUGCUUGGAAAUUAUGGGAUUCUGGACUAAUGCUUCGUCAGAAGAUGUGGGACUUCUAGUAUGGGGUGAUCCCUGGGACGUCAGGAAUUGGGAACUCACGGAGGCGUUUUUGAAGAAGUGGCAGUGGGUCGUAAGGGGGUGUCCGGAGUUGAUGAAUUCCACGAAUGCUUGGCGGGCGAAACGGGGAGAAAAAUUAAUUUUUCGAUAUGUUUAG